AUGAAGCGAAUAAAAGUACGUAGAAUAUGUUUAACUAAAAGGAGAGCUUUAGAUUUUGGUUACGGUAAAUUAAUAGAUGACGAAAUUCAAGAUGGCGACAGUUCAGAAUUAGUAUCUGCUGAUAAAAGAUACGCACGUUUAUCGUAUUUUCGCCAACCAAAAUCCAGAUAUAGAUGGGGCUACAGAAGAUCUCGAUACUCAAGUUCAAGGAACCAUUGGGAUUAUCUACCUGACAGAAAUUGUUUCAGGAACCGUUGCCGCUCAAAAUAUGACUGCUGUAAACGAUACAGUACUUGCGACCCCAGUGCGAAAAUCUGUUACGACUGCUGGUACGGACAUCCGUGUUCAAGAAAUUCAGACUGUUGUAUGCGAUUUCCGCGUUGCAGUGCCGCUACAAUGAAUACCCUAGUGUGUUUAGUGGUUCUCUCCUCGAUUAUGUUUAUCAGCUUUGAUGCAGUGGAACACAACAGACAGAUUGGUGACUUAAGAAUAAGAUUCAUAUCGGGCACAUUUCAAGUAUACUGCAGGGAAACAGGCACAAACGUUGAGUGGGCUCUCAAUGAGAGUAACACAAUAAACUGUUUUAAUUGUAAAUGCAGUGCUGCUAAUAGUGGUAUCAAAUGCACAGGAAUAGGGUAUCAAGAUGGGGCUGUCCCUCCAACAGGAUGUAUGAAAAGAGCUCUACAAGAUUUUGAAAUGCAAGCUCCUGUUUGGGCUUAUGGAGACGGCAAACGCCAUGAAGUGUACAGGGAGGGAGGGGGUUGUUUGCGGCAUCUAUAG